AUGAGUAUGCUGAAGGAAGUUCCUGUACCAAAUUUUCAUUUCGAUGUUAACAGUGUUAGUAAGCGAGCUUUAACAAAGCUUGCGCAUAAGAGAAUUUCUAUUAGUGGCCACUCAGGUGCAAAUGGUAAUCCUGGUAGUGACGGUAGUGAUGGUACAUACGGGGUGCCUGGGCAAGAUGGAUUAAACGGCCGAAAUGGUGGUAGAGGUGGUGCUGGUAACAAUGGAUCUGCCGGUCAAUCAGGGCAAUCUGGUACAGAUUCUCGGCAUGCACUGAUCCGCUUAAAUGGAGCAGUUGAAAACUUAAAUAUGCAAAUAAAAACAUAUGAAAUACUAUAUGGUUCAUCAGAACAGUCCUUUAGUAUUAACUGGAAUCUCGCUCAUUUCCAUAAUGACGCCAACUAUGAUUUUCAAUUGGCAAAAACGAAGGGGAUCAUUCUUGUUCAGGCUGUAGGAGGCCAUGGAGGUGAUGGAGGCGUUGGAGGUAAUGGAGGUAACGGAGGUAACGGAGGCAGUGGUGGUCGUGGUUGUGAUGGAAAAGAUGGGCCCAAAUGUUACAAUCAAGGUGCUUUGGGUAAAAGAGGAGGUCCUGGUGGAUCGGGAGGGAACGGUGGUUGUGGAGGUAAUGGCGGGAACGGCGGAUCUGGAGGAGAUGGAGGAAAUGCAGGUGCUGGUGGUCAUGUCCAGGUUCGAACUGCAGAUCCUCGAUUGUUGAUGUUAAUUGAACUAGACUGUCGGGCUGGAAUGAAAGGUAAAGGUGGUAAUGGUGGAAAAGGUGGCUGCUAUGGUGUUGGCGGUCAAGGUGGAGAUGGCGGUAAUGGUGGUAGUGGUAGCAGAGCUUGGCCAGGUACCUCUGCUAGUUUAUGCGGUGCAGAUGGUGAAGAUGGUGCUGCCGGUAGGCAUGGCAGCUAUGGUUUUGCAGGUAAUGACGGUCCCAAUGGUAACGAUGGUCGUGCUGCAAGCGAUGGUUCAAUUCAAUAUACUGUAGUGGGUAUAGAUGGUAACGUUAUUGAAACUGGACCCGAUAAAUAUCAUGCUACUGUUUUUGGUUACACUAUUACUGAUGAAAACGAUGAUGAAAUCUACGAGCCCAACUCAGAUUUUUUUAUUACAAAUGUUAAAUGGACAAAUAAUGGUGCAAUGAAGUUGCCUAGCGGAUCUAUAUUAUCAUUUUCAUCUACGAAAUAUAUUUCUAACGAUAUCAAAGACGUUAGUGUAUUGACUGGCGCUAAUAUCAAUCAAAUACUAAUAGACUCUCAUCAAUUUAGAUGCCAUCUGAAUGCCGUAUCGACUGUUUCAAUCAAUCAACCGUACAUUCUACCCGUAACAAUAGCAUCAGAAAUUAAUCUUUUAGAUCGUUUAUUUACUGCUAGUCAAGUUUCAACUACUUUAACCUGUCAAUAUCCUAUUCAAAUUACAAAUAUUCAAAUUCCAACUUUUCUAGGUCCCAAUGAACCAGCGACAAUAAUAGUAAAUUUUACUAAUAUUUCUACACGUUCGUACGGUACAUGUCCGGAUUCCGCUGGUUCAAUAGAAUUUUUAUUCUAUACUCAUUCUUUAAUAAAAAUUUUAUCUGCAACUGCAGAAUAUUCAUAUCGAAUAACGCCCGAUGGACAAGGUCGCUAUAAAAUCAAUGAAAAACUGUCACCUAAAUCCACAAAGAGUAUUUAUUUUGCGUUUAGUUUAGAUGCCGAUGCUUCUUAUCAACUUUAUGAAAGUUUAUUUUGGAAUAUCGAUCUACUAUUACGUGAUACACUAAUUGAAAAGCGUACAGAUAACAUUCGGGUUGUACCAAAAUUUAAUCCAAAUGUUAAAACUGAUGUACUUCUAGUUACGAAUUCUCAAACUAAUCGAAUUGAAUAUCUUGCAUACCAGAAAUUAUUUCAAUUGUUUAAAUAUUCAAGUCAAAUGUGGGAUAUUGAACGAUAUGGCGUAUUUCAUCAUCCAGAAAUACAAUGGUUAAAUGCAGCAAGUUUGGUUAUUUUUAUUUAUUCAAAUCCUAAAUCAACGUUCAAUGUAAUCAAAUCUCAAUUUUUUUUACACCAUAUGAAUUCUUCCGAGAAUGCUGGUUUUAUUUGUAUUGGUACCUGUCUACCAAAUGAUUUUGAUUUUGCUUUAUUCGAUUACAACAAUUUGCAAUUUAUUGACAAAAAACAGAAAACUAAAUGUGAAGGUUCAAAUCAUCUUUGGUCAGGCUUUGGAUGCAUACAGUCUAAUACCAAGAAACUAAAUAUGAUGGCCAAUGAACUUAGAACAGAUUAUGAAAAACAACAAGAUCAUAAGUUUUUAUAUCAAGUAGUCUACGAUGACACGGACGAUGCAUGUUCUCAACAUUGUAUGACAGUUGUUUACGGUAAAAAAUAUGUGUAUAAAUCCACUUUGAACUCCGAAGUUGGUAAUCGAUUAAUUGUGAUUAAUAGUAAGUCUCCUUUGUUAGCCGAUUCUCAUUUACCAUUCAAGUUGCAAGCUCAAUUGAAGAUAAAUCAACAGAGUGAAGUUAUACCUUCCUGUGAAAAUAAAAUUCGUAUUAAUAAAAUGCACGGCGCAUCACAGAUUGAAGAUAUAAUUCAAUUGAAUUCACAGUUUGGUAGAUUAUUAUGUGCAAUAUUAUUUUAUCAAGGAUUUAAAAAAUCUCUUAUGAUGAUCAGUGAAAAAUCCAUAUUAGCAAGAUGCAUAUUCGUAUCAGAUUCAAAUAAAUUUACCUUCAAUGAGAUUUUAGUUAGUUUGGCUAUGUCGAUUAUUGAGCGCGAAUACAACCGAGGAUCUCUAGAAUUUCACACAUCAAAACGAAUAGUGAAUCAAGCAGCUAAUGUGAUUGGCAAAGUAAAUAAUAUUACUAGAAUAAGAUGUCGUGAAGAAGGUCGAAAUGAUUGGUUAUAUUUACUAAUUCAAUCAUUAUACGAAUACAUUGACAGUAAAUUUUGUAUCUCUUUUCCUUGGUAUGGUUGUAGAAAUAAAGCAAAACAACGACAAAAAUUACAAGAAAUUUUAGAUGAUUUACUUUCAUUAUCGGCUCAUGAGAUUCCGAAAAACGAAGCACUUUACCAUGCUGUACAAAUGAUGAGACUUCAAAAAUUAGCAAAGUUACAGUUUCCAGCAGCUGAUGCAAGAGAAAAUUGUGCUCGACAAAUAACAGAAAUUCGAGCAUGGAAAGAAGAACAACGCAUUAAGGAAGCACAAUCACCAACAGGAAAAGUACCAUCAUCAGCUCAGCUAAAAACAAUCGAAAAAUUCAAUAAUAUAUCUUCAUUUCGGGGCCAGUUAACGAAUGAACAUACGUACGAUAUGUCAACGUAUAAGCUGUUCUAUCUUAAUGGACGUUGUCGUGCUGAAGUUUCUCGUUUAAUAUUUACUGUUGCUAAUCAAAAAUUUGAAGAUAUUCGUGUUGAACGUGAUCAAUGGCCGUCGCGUAAAAAUGAGAUGCCUUUAGGUCAAAUACCUGUUCUCGAAUUUAAUGGAAUGAAAUUAUCACAAUCAUUAUCAAUUGCUCGUUUUCUCGCUAAACAAUUUGAAUUAGCUGGUAGAGAUACUUUUGAGCAAGCUAAAGUUGAUGCAGUUGUUGAUACAAUUAAUGAUUUAGUAACAAGAUAUGUAGCGGUACGGUGGGCAUCAGAUGAAACGAAGCGAGAAGAACUAAUAAAAACAUUUUUUGCAGAUGAACUGCCGAAACAUUUACAGAAUCUUGAAGCCUUGGGUAAACUAUAUGGUAAUGCUGGCGUAUACUUUGUUGGCAAUCAUUUAACAUGGACAGACUUUGCUUGCAGCUGA